UUUCCUCACACACUAACUUCUUUAGCUUAAAAGCCAAAUAUUUACUUCUACAUUUAUGGGUGAUUCCAACACAGAUGAGAAAGUCUCGGAAAAUGAAGAUAACAAAGAAAAACAAAUUAAUACUUUAAAUUUACUUUUAUCAAACGAACCAGUUAAUGGACCAAAUUCCGCUUUUUUUGAAGAAGUUCGUCUUGUAGCUAAUCAACAAUUACAACAUGCUUUGGCUGAUGUUUCAAAAAAUAAUACAGAAGGAUGGGAAUUGUUUGUGGAAGAUGGAAAUUUAAAAAUGUAUAAAUUGGAAAAUGAAAUUGAUGGAAUUGUUAUUGAUCCUUUAAAAGCUCUUCACUGUAUUGAGGGUGUGACUGCACGGGAAUUUAUUAAUAUUUUCUUUGAUCCUUUUAUUAAACAAGAAUUGAAUGAUACAAUCCAAAGUUGUGUAAUUAUUGAACAACUGUCACCUGAUAGUGUAUUUUUACAUCAAGUUCAUAGAAGAAUAUGGCCAACUGCCACACGUGAAUCUCUUUUUUGGUCACAACGUUUAAAUGUUUCUUCAAAGAAAAGUUCAGAUGCUUUUGAUGCUUGGAUGGUAUGUAAUAAAUCAACUAAUCGAGAGGAUGUAGAGUUAUCAUCUUCUUCGGCUGUUCGGGUUAAAUUUACAAUAGCAAUGUUAUGCCAAACAAUUUUAAAAAAUAAUAAGCCAAUUGAAGAAUUAACUAGAAAUGAUAUUCAAUGUAAAAUUGUUUAUGUUGCUGAAGUCCAUCCAGGUGGUUGGGUACCAAAAAUUGGUGUAAGACAAGUUUAUAAAAAGGAAUAUCCAAAGUUUUUACGAACAUUUAGUAAAUAUGUUUAUGACAAAGUAAAAAAUAAAGAAAAUCUAAGUUUUUAA